AUGGGUGAAGAUAAAGAAAAAAUAAAUUUUGAUAGAGAAAAAAAAAUAAGUAGUCUGUCAAAAAUAUAUCAUAGAAAAUUAGAAACACUACUUAUUUAUAUAAAUAUUCCUAAAAAAAAGAAAAAUAAAAUUUAUUUUGAUGAUUUUUUUAAUAUAAAGGAAAUAUGUUCUUAUAUAAAUACAAUAAAUAAUGAUGAAGAAAACCAAGAAAAAAACUACUUAGAUGAAAAUAAAGAUACAAAUGGAAAUGACAAUUAUAAUGAAAAAAUUAAUAUAAAUGAAGUUAUUGAGUCAUGUAAAGAUGAUUAUAAUGAAAAAAAUAUUAAUAUAAAUACAGAAAGUGAAAUAAAGACAGAUAAAAACAUUUUUAUAAAAAAUUUGCUAAUAUUUUUAAAUAAUUUAAUUAUUCUAUAUUUUACUAAGAGUGAUUUAAUAGAUGUUUGUAUAAAUAGGAGGAGUUAUAAUAAGUGCGGUUUUUAUGCUUGUGAUAACACAUUUCUUAAUGAUAUAAAUAAAAGUAAAUAUAAAAUUGAUGUAAAAAAUAAGAAUAUAUAUUUAAGAGAAUAUUAUGAUCUAUUUUGCUCAACUAAUUGUAUGAAUUAUAAUUUGCACUUAUUAAAAGAAAUAAUAAAUAAAACAAAAAAUUCUAGAGAAAACUUAGAUUGUAAAAAAAAAUGCCAGCUUAUUCAUAUAAUGUUUUUAACUUUUUUUCCUUUUUUUAAAUUUUAUGAUAUAAAAUUUUUAUUUAAUAAUAUUGAUAAAGUAAAUAUUCAAAAUAACAAAAUAUAUAUCAAAAAUGAGGAAUCAAAAAAAAAUGAAACAAUCACUUCAAAAAUAGAAAAAAAAAAAAUAAAGAAAGAAAAUAAUCAUUUAAAAUCAAAUGUAUCAAAAAACUCCCCUAGCCACAUUUCAUUCGUAGUUAAAGAAAACACUAAUGAUAUUGAAGAAGAUGAAUAUAAAAACAACAUAAAAGAUAUUAUAAAAGAUAAUCAAAAUAUUUUAAAAGAAAUUGAGCAAAAAGAUAAAAUUAAUAUUACCGAAAAACUAGAAAAAGAUGAAGAAAAAAAAAAUGAUAAGCAAAAUAAAGAGGUACAUAAAGAUAACCAAAUAAUAUUACAGAAUAAAAAAAGUAAAACAAAAAUAAUUAAUGGAAAAAACCAAAAAAAAAAUAAAAAAGUCAGUUUUAAUGAAGAUAUAAAAUUUUACAAAUAUUAUAAAGAUGAAUGUAUUAAUGAAUUUUGCGUUGAUGAAAUUUCAGUGAACAAAAAGAAUAGUAAAAAGGAGAUUAAAGAAAAGAAAAUAUUAAAUAAUUUUAAUAUAGAAGAAUUAGAAGAAAAUUCCAACACUUUAAAUGAACCAUUUGAUAAACCCAAAGAAAUCUUAUAUAGUUUCGGAAAACGUCCAUGUAAUAAGUUAAUACAAGAAUUUGAUGAUUAUUUAUAUAAAUUGAAAGGUAACUCUGAUACAGAAAACGAAAAGAAAAAUGAAAAUUUUUCUAAAGAAUUAAUUGAAGUUUUAGGCAAUGAACAUAAUUCAAAUGUAUAUGAACAUACAGUUGAUAAAAAAGAAGUAAUAAAUAAAAAUUUCAAUGAAUGCACAACUGAUAAAAUUCAUAAUAUGAUAAAUAAAAAUAUAAAUGAAGAUAUAUCUGAAAAUAUAAAUGAGAAAAAUAUUGAAGAAAAAGAAAUUUUUUUAAAUAAAACAAAAAAUACCGAAACAAACGAGAGAAAAGGAAAUUCACAUAACGAAUUGAAGAAAAAAUAUGAAGAAGUAAAAAAUUCCAUGUUCACUAACAAAAAAUAUUCAUUCGAUAAUAUAUUUGAAUCAACAAUUUUCGACACUACAAAAAUUAUAGAUUUUAAUUAUGAAAAACAAGAUUUAAUAAAUUUUGCAUCAAAAAAAAUGAAUGAAAUUAAUACAAAAUACUCCAAAGAAAAAAAUGAAAAAAAAAUUAUUUUAUUAAAUUCAUCAAAUGAAAAAAGAUAUGAUAAUAAAAUAAUUGUAAAUAAUUCGUGUACUCUUAAUGAAAAUUGUAAAAGUAUUUUCAAGUAUGAAAUUAAUAACCAAAAUUUAAAUGCUGAUAGGUAUCAUAACAAAAUAUUGCUAGAAAAUACGAACAAAUUUACUUUUUUUAAUGAAAACAAAAAAGACUAUGACGAGAAAAUUACUGAGUGUUUUGAAAAAAAUGAGGUUAAUAACAAGAAGAAUGACGAAAUUAAUGAAAAAGUAGAUAAUGAGAUUAAUGAAAAAGUUGAAAAUGAAAUCAUUGAAAAAGUUGAAAAUGAGAUCACUGAAAAAGUUGAAAAUGAAAUCAUUGAAAAAGUUGAAAAUGAGAUCACUGAAAAAGUUGAUGAGAUUAAUGAAAAAGUUGAUAAUGAAAUUAAUGAAAAAGUUAAAAAUGAGAUCACUAAAAAAGUUGAAAAUGAAAUGAACAAAAAAAAUAAUGAACAAAAUGAUGAAACUGACGAACCAAAUAGUGAUGAAAUAAAUGAAAAUAAUGAAGACUCUGAUGAAAUUAAACUUCAGAAUUUAUUAUUGGAAAAGAAAAAAAAAAUUAGAGAAGAAUAUAUUGAGAGUUUUAAAAAAGAUAUUGCAGUAGAUUUUGAUUCAUGUUCAGAUAGUGAAAAUGUUGACAAAGAAGAAUUGUUGAAAAUAAAUGAUAGCAAAUAUAUAUAUAACACAAAUAAAGAUAAUGUUUAUGAAAAUAUAUCUUUAUAUGUAGUUUUAUGGGAUAUAUUUACUAAUAAUAUUUCAAAGUAUACUGUUCACUUUUUUACAAAGAACGAAUUUAUUAUUCCCAAAUCAAUAAAUGAAGUGGAAAGAGAAAGAAAAAAUGAAUUUUUAUACAACAUUUCUCAAUAUAUUCCUACAUAUAUUAAUUCUAUUUCGUCCAUUAUUUUAAAUAUUUGUAGGACUUUUUUAUUUCAUAGGCCUCUUUUACCUUUCAAAAAAAAAAUUUAUAAAUCAAUUAUAUGCAUUAUUGCAAUUGCACUUAAAAAACAUAAAUUAGAAUUAAUUCCUACAUGUGAAUUAAAUAAUAUAAAAAAGGCAGAAUAUUAUUUAACUUUCAAAAAUAAAAUUGAACAAGAAGAAUUAAACGACUUAUCUAUGCUUUUUUUUCAAAAUAAUUUUUAUUAG